CAGCCUUUGCAAGUUGCAUUGCAUCAUCGGUGAAAUAAAAAUAAAAACAAGUGGUCGAAAAAACGACGUCGUAACAACACCCGGAAACCAGUAGAAGACAGUGGUGGCUUUGCAGAAAUCAAAGGAAAAUAAAAAAAGGGGGGCUUUAUUUAUUUUUGUGUUCUAGGGUUUCAUAUUUACAGUUCAUGUGUUCACCGAUAGAUACAGAUAUAUAAUAUAGAUACAGUGAGAGAUGAGUACAUAUAAUUACGUUGUAACAGCUCAUAAACCUACAAACGUCACUCAUUCAUGCGUCGGCAAUUUCACUGGUGCUCAAGAACUUAAUCUCAUUAUAGCGAAAUGUACGCGUAUCGAGAUUCAUUUACUUACUCCUCAAGGGUUGCAGCCUAUGCUGGAUGUGCCAAUAUAUGGAAGAAUCGCAACUGUAGAACUCUUUCGACCUCAUGGUGAAACACAAGACCUUCUCUUUAUUGCAACAGAAAGAUACAAAUUUUGUGUUCUUCAGUGGGAUGCUGAUGUAAACGAGGUUAUUACAAGAGCUAUGGGUGAUGUCUCAGAUCGCAUAGGCAGACCGACAGACAAUGGCCAGAUAGGGAUAAUUGACCCUGAUUGCAGACUCAUUGGACUCCAUCUCUAUGAUGGGUUGUUUAAGGUCAUUCCAUUUGAUAAUAAAGGACAACUCAAAGAAGCAUUUAACAUCAGGCUAGAAGAACUACAAGUUUUGGAUAUCAAGUUUCUAUAUGGCUGUCCAAAGCCUACAAUUGUUGUUCUUUAUCAGGAUAAUAAAGAUGCCCGUCAUGUAAAAACUUAUGAGGUUUCUUUGAAGGAUAAAGACUUUGCUGAAGGCCCGUGGUCUCAGAACAAUCUUGACAACGGAGCUGAUUUACUAAUACCUGUUCCACCACCAUUUUGUGGUGUAUUGAUCAUUGGUGAAGAGACAAUCGUGUAUUGUAGUGCCUCUGCGUUUAAAGCAAUACCAAUUAGACCUUCUAUUACUAGAGCAUAUGGAAGGGUGGAUGCAGAUGGUUCCAGGUAUUUACUUGGGGACCAUAGUGGGCUUCUUCACUUGCUUGUCAUAGCUCAUGAGAAAGAAAAGGUUACUGGACUAAAAAUUGAGCUUCUUGGGGAAACAUCUAUAGCAUCAACUAUAUCAUAUCUUGACAAUGCAUUUGUAUAUGUUGGUUCAAGCUAUGGAGAUUCCCAGCUUGUUAAGUUGAAUCUCCAACCUGAUGCAAAAGGUUCCUAUGUAGAAGUGCUAGAAAGGUACGUCAACUUGGGACCAAUUGUUGACUUUUGUGUGGUUGACUUAGAGAGGCAAGGUCAAGGGCAAGUUGUGACUUGCUCAGGAGCGUAUAAAGAUGGUUCCCUUCGCAUUGUAAGAAACGGUAUUGGGAUCAAUGAACAGGCAUCCGUGGAACUGCAAGGUAUUAAAGGAAUGUGGUCGCUUAGAUCUGCAACAGAUGAUCUGUAUGACACUUUCUUGGUUGUGAGCUUCAUCAGUGAGACUCGAAUAUUGGCCAUGAAUCUAGAGGAUGAGCUAGAGGAAACUGAGAUUGACGGCUUUUGUUCUCAAGUACAGACAUUAUUUUGUCAUGACGCUGUUCAUAAUCAACUAGUUCAGGUUACCUCAAGCUCUGUGAGACUGGUAAGUUCAACAUCAAGAGAGCUACGUAACGAAUGGUUUGCACCCGCUGGUUUCUCAAUAAAUGUUGCCACUGCAAAUGCUACUCAGGUUUUGUUGGCUACUAGAGGUGGUCAUCUAGUUUACCUUGAAAUUGGUGAUGGUAUUUUAGUUGAAAAAAAGCAUGCACAAUUGAAGUAUGAUAUCUCAUGCCUUGACAUUAACCCCAUUGGUGAAAAUCCAAACUAUAGUAACCUUGCUGCAGUUGGUAUGUGGACGGAUAUUAGUGUCAAGAUAUUUUCACUGCCUGACCUAAAUCUGGUCACCGAGGAACAGUUAGGUGGUGAAAUUAUUCCCCGAUCUGUUCUUCUUUGUGCCUUUGAAGGGAUACCUUACUUGUUGUGUGCUCUUGGAGAUGGUCAUCUUUUAAACUUUUUACUGAACACGAGCACUGGCGAAUUGACAGAUAGGAAGAAAGUGUCUCUUGGUACCCAGCCAAUAACGUUACGAACAUUUUCAUCAAAGAAUACCACACAUGUUUUUGCAGCCUCUGAUAGGCCCACGGUUAUAUACAGCAGUAACAAGAAAUUGCUCUACAGUAACGUGAACCUAAAAGAAGUCAGUCACAUGUGCCCUUUCAAUUCUGCGGCUUUUCCAGACAGUUUGGCGAUCGCUAAAGAAGGUGAAUUGACAAUUGGGACAAUUGAUGACAUUCAGAAACUUCAUAUCCGUUCUAUCCCGCUUGGUGAACAUGCAAGGCGAAUCUGCCACCAAGAGCAGUCACGAACAUUUGCUAUAUGUAGUUUAAAAUACAACCAGUCAAGCACUGAAGAAUCUGAAAUGCAUUUCAUCCGCUUGUUGGAUGAUCAGACAUUUGAUUUCAUAUCGACUUACUCACUUGACCAGUUUGAGUAUGGUUGUUCCAUACUUAAUUGCUCUUUCUCAGAUGAUAAUAAUGCAUAUUACUGUGUUGGCACGGCUUAUGUUAUGCCAGAGGAGAAUGAACCAACGAAGGGCCGAAUUUUGGUUUUCAUGGUCGAAGAUGGGAAGCUACAGCUAGUAGCUGAGAAAGAAACUAAAGGUGCUGUUUACUCCUUGAAUGCCUUCAAUGGUAAACUUCUUGCUGCUAUAAAUCAAAAAAUUCAGUUGUACAAGUGGAUGCUUCGAGAUGAUGGUACACGAGAAUUACAAUCUGAAUGUGGACAUCAUGGGCACAUACUUGCUCUCUAUGUACAAACUCGUGGGGAUUUUAUUGUUGUUGGUGAUUUGAUGAAAUCAAUUUCAUUGUUGAUAUAUAAGCAUGAGGAAGGUGCUAUAGAGGAACGGGCCCGUGAUUACAACGCUAACUGGAUGUCAGCUGUCGAGAUUCUUGAUGACGAUAUUUAUCUUGGUGCAGAGAACAACUUUAACCUUUUCACAGUUCGCAAAAACAGUGAAGGCGCAACUGAUGAGGAACGAGGCCGUCUAGAGGUGGUUGGUGAAUACCACCUGGGCGAAUUUGUGAACCGUUUCCGACAUGGUUCGCUCGUGAUGCGGUUACCUGAUUCUGAUGUCGGUCAUAUACCAACUAUUAUAUUUGGAACAGUCAAUGGUGUUAUUGGUGUCAUUGCCUCACUUCCUCAAGAUCAAUACAUUUUCAUGGAGAAACUUCAGACGAAUUUGAGAAAGAUUCUAAAAGGGGUUGGGGGUUUGAGCCACGAGCAAUGGAGAUCAUUUUAUAGUGAGAAGAAAACCGUUGACUCAAGAAACUUUUUGGAUGGCGACUUGAUUGAGACGUUUCUUGAUUUGGGACGGAACAGAAUGGAAGAGAUCUCAAAAGCAAUGAACGUGUCGGUGGAGGAACUUAUGAAAAGAGUAGAAGAGCUAACAAGGUUGCAUUAGUUUUUUUCCUACUUUCUGAAGAAACUUUGUUUUGAAACCUUGACAUGUAAAACUUUGCAUUUCCUUUUUUUGUUGGUGUGUAUUCUCUGUCAUGUUUCAUAAAGCAUAGGAAGAGGCUGGCCUGGGUGUGAACUUUAUCUUGUCUUGUGUAUUUUAUAUAAUCCUGGAUUCUGAAUUAUUGGCGACUGUUGUAUAGAAGACAGGGCCAACCGAAGCGGACAAGUCAAUUAUGACUGUCUUUGUUGCGUUGGGCCGAACUUGUUGGGA